CCCACGACACUUAUAAAAAAAAACUAUGGUUGCUUGUUAUAAUAAUCAAAUGGAAACAUUAUACGCACAUAUUUUUCUAAAAAAAAAGGCCACCGUAUCCAGUACAUACGGCCUCACAUCCUCCAUGCUACAACACCAUUUUAACCCAUCCCUGCGCACUAGAAACCUUGCAGGAAGGGAGCGAGCCCCCUCUUAUCUCUGACUAGGAGUAAAAACCCAUAGCAUCCACUAACCAAGCUCAGUAGCAUCAGGCGAGCCAAGAUGAGUGCCAUAGAGGUGAAUAUCCAUAUCCUACUCGUCACCUUCCCAGCACAAGGCCAUGUUAAGCCAGCAAUCCGAUUUGCUCGCCGCCUCACCGCCUCCAACGCCAGCCUUCUCGUGAGCUUAGCCACCAACGAGGCCAUCGGCCAGCAGAUGCGCGAUUCAGGUGCCGCUGGCUCCGACGAGCACAUCAGCUUCGAGACCUUCUCCGAUGGCCUCAGUGUCGACAGCAAUCAGCACGACAUUGACAAGUUCAUGGCCCAGCUCAACCGUGCCGGUCCAGAAGGGCUGGCAACCCUGAUCAAUGACCUCCAGGUCCGGGGCCGGCCGGUGCACUGUAUUGUGAGCAACCCAUUUGUACCGUGGGUCGUGGAUGUGGCUGAGGGCUUUGGCAUCCCAUGCGCGAUGCUCUGGGUCCAGUCUUGUGCUGUCUAUGCCGUCUAUUACCAAAGCCUCUGCAGGCUUGACGAGUUCCCGACGCCGGAGAGACUGAACAUAGACGUCAGCCUUCGGGGGCUUCCUGUGCUCAAAACGAACGAGCUCCCGAGCUUCCUCGUGCCCUUUGCGCCCUACCAGUGCUUGGCAGAUGCGAUAUUGGGCCACAUCAAGAAAAUCAAGAAGGUGAAGUGGGUGCUAGCGAACUCGUUCCAUGCACUCGAGACUGAAGCCAUACAGUCAGUGUCGGAGCUCACACCGAUCAUGACUAUAGGCCCGCUCGUGCCCUUGGGGCUGCUCCGAAGAUCCACAGCCUCCGAGAUGCGGGGGGAUCUGUGGAAGUCCGAGGAUGACUGCCUCGAUUGGCUAAACACUCAGCCCAAAGAAUCAGUAAUCUAUGUUUCCUUUGGGAGCAUUGUUAGCCUAUCGCCAACGCAAAUUGAGGAGUUAGCGUGGGGGCUCGCGAGCAGCGGACGGCCCUUCCUCUGGGUGGCGAAGCCGGUUGACAGCACCUCCGAGUUCCUGCUUCCCACUGGAUUCUUGGAUGCAACAGCCGGACGAGGCAAAAUAGUCAAAUGGUGCCCGCAGGUGGAGGUGCUGACCCACCCCUCGGUUUCCUGCUUCGUGACACACUGCGGAUGGAACUCGACUCUCGAGACCAUCGCAGCCGGCACCCCCGUCCUAGCAUUUGCUCACUGGGGCGACCAAGUCACUAAUGCAAAGUUCUUGGUCGAUGUCUACAGCGUUGGGGUCCGGCUCGAGCGCGACGCAGAGGGAGUGGUCCGAAGAGAGGAGGUUUGUAGAUGCAUAGAGGAGAUAAGGGAGGGAUCGAGGGCGGCGAAGAUUAGAGAGAAUGCCAUGAAAUUGAAAGAGGCCGCAAGAGAGGCGUUAGAGGAGGGGGGCUCCUCUGAUAAGAACCUGAGGGUCUUUGUGGAGGACCUCAUAUCCUUGGCUUCUGAGGAGGAGGCGAUCCGGCUUCUCUUGCCCAAGGACCAAUCACCUGACGAUUGAAUGAAUGCCUCAUUAUUAUCAAUUUCCUAUGUCAUAUGUUCCAACUUUUUACUUUAUUAUCAAUUUCCUAUGUCAUAUGUUUUCCACUUUUUAUUGAUUAGUUUUGUAGCUAUGAGGAUGAGACUAGAGUUAUUAUCCUUAGGUAGGGUUGUGAAAUAGUACCAUGUAAUUUUUUCUUUUUGGAAAAGUAUAACCAUUUCACUUUUGGUAUGAAAAUUGAUCUUAACUAUUGGAUGUAAAA